GGCUUGAAGCCAGAGACAAUUUUGACGCGUCCGUUACACGUGUGUGGGGGCGUGGUCGUGGGAUCGCGCGCGCGCCUCCGCCGGAAGCCUGCCGUUCUCUUUCCCGAGGCGCCGUUUGCACUGUGGUCGCUGAAGUCCCGAGCUGUGAAGUGUAGCAGGACUCCGUUGGACAGUUGCACUGUUUUUGCCCGCACUCGUUUUUGCCACUCACCAAAAUGCGCGAGUGCAUCUCCGUCCAUGUGGGCCAGGCCGGUGUCCAGAUGGGCAACGCCUGCUGGGAGCUCUACUGCCUCGAGCACGGCAUCCAGCCCGACGGCCAGAUGCCGGCAGACAAGGUGGCCGCUGGCGGUGACGACAGCUUCAGCACAUUCUUCUCAGAGACCGGAUCGGGCAAGCACGUGCCCCGUGCCGUGUUCGUCGACCUGGAGCCGUCCGUUAUCGAUGAGAUCCGCACUGGACCGUACAGACAGCUGUUCCACCCGGAACAGAUGAUCACCGGAAAGGAGGAUGCGGCCAACAACUACGCGCGCGGCCACUACACGGUCGGCAAAGAGAUCGUCGACCAGGUGCUGGACCGCAUCAGGAAGCUGGCUGACCAGUGCACCGGCCUGCAGGGCUUCCUGAUCUUCCACUCGUUCGGCGGCGGCACCGGCUCCGGCUUCACUGCCCUGCUGAUGGAGCGUCUCAGUGUCGACUACGGCAAGAAGUCGAAGCUGGAGUUUGCCGUCUACCCGGCGCCGCAGGUGGCCACGGCCGUGGUGGAGCCGUACAACUCCAUCUUGACCACCCACACCACCCUGGAGCACUCGGACUGCGCCUUCAUGGUCGACAACGAGGCCAUCUACGACAUCUGCAUGCGUAAUCUGGACAUCGAGCGCCCGACCUACACCAACCUGAACCGUCUGAUCGGCCAGAUCGUCUCGUCCAUCACGGCCUCGCUGCGUUUUGACGGCGCCCUGAACGUGGACCUGACCGAGUUCCAGACCAACCUGGUGCCGUACCCUCGCAUCCACUUCCCGCUGGUCACCUACGCUCCCAUCAUCUCGGCAGACAAGGCAGCUCACGAGCAGAUGAGCGUCUCUGAGAUCACCAACGCCUGCUUCGAGCCGGCCAACCAGAUGGUUAAGUGUGACCCGCGCCACGGCAAGUACAUGGCCUGCUGCAUGCUGUACCGCGGUGAUGUCGUGCCCAAGGACGUCAACGCGGCUAUCGCUACCAUCAAGACCAAGCGCAGCAUCCAGUUCGUCGACUGGUGUCCGACCGGCUUCAAGGUCGGCAUCAACUACCAGCCGCCGACCGUGGUGCCCGGCGGCGACCUGGCCAAGGUGCAGCGCGCCGUCUGCAUGCUGUCCAACACCACCGCCAUCGCCGAGGCCUGGGCCCGCCUGGACCACAAGUUCGACCUGAUGUACGCCAAGCGCGCCUUCGUGCACUGGUACGUCGGCGAGGGCAUGGAGGAGGGCGAGUUCUCCGAGGCGCGCGAGGACCUGGCCGCCCUCGAGAAGGACUACGAGGAGGUCGGCAUCGACUCUGCCGAUGCCGAGGAGGAGGAGGGAGAGGAGUACUAGGCGGUCUCCGGUGAUGUACGCGGCAGUGGUGCAGCGCUCUGCGCCGCCACUCACUUUCUCUUUGCUAGGUUAUCGCGAUUUCAUUUUUGGUUUCCUUUUUAUUGGCGGCUGGCCAUCAGACUCGGGGCUGUUUCUGAUGACAGCAAGGCCAGUUUCUUUUCGAGCUUUUGAUGGCGCCUAGGCCGUCAGCUUUUGAUCUAGUCUAGAUUGUGAUGAUGGAAGUGCUGUUGAGAUCAGGCGCGCUAGUCGCAGCGAUUGUCAGACGUGACGCGCAGCCGCGCCGCUCGACCUCGUCACUCGUCAGGGGGCGCCUCGCUCGCAGUCGCGUAUCGUUGUCUCUGUUUGUUGCUACGUUUUGCCGACGGGCAGCCGAUGUUUUCUUACUUCUUAACAGGCUACAGUAUUGUUUAAUAUUCUUAUGUGCUACUCACCUGCCCUUUGCCUAGACGUGAGUUUGACAUGCACUGAUUCUUAUCUCGGUCUGAAUAUUGUUUUCUCUGUCGUAGUUGUCUGCACAUCGGCCGUCCAUAGCGAUCAUCACACACAACUUCUGUCCACUUAUGUCUCUGGCAACGCUCAUGGCUCAUCACUCGUAACCAUCACGGUCUAUCUAUCAAGUUGUACUAAUAUGCAAGUUGCAACUGCGUAACGGACUAGUCUCACGGGAAUCUCGCGUGUUACACCGUCAAAUUCUCAUCUCGAAAUGUCGGCCGAUUUAACGCCUGCGAGUGGCAUUGUUGAAGAAUCGUGACCUCGUACUUCGGAGCUGUGCACUGAACGGGUGAUAAACUGAUGAUAAAAGUUGAUGUUGCUAAAAUACAGCUUAUACUUCCA